AUUUUUGAUUGGAAAUUGGAUAAAGAAUCAAGAAUCAAGAAUGUCUUCAUCAAUGGUAUCUGUUGUUGCAUGCAUGUCAGCUGUUUGUGAAAAUGGGGCAAAAAAGGAUUUUUUUGGGUUUUCUAAGUAUAAUUGUAAAGUUGGUGUAGGAAAUAAGAAGAAAAUGAGAUGUGUUUUGGCUAAGUUUCAGUAUUCCAAGACUUGCAAUGGACUUUCAUUUUGUAAUUCUUGUUUAGUGAGUAAUGGUUUUUGUUCAGUUGAUGGAAGGAGAAGUGGUCAUCCUGGUUGUUGGAAGAGCAAAUUUAGUGGCAGUGCCCAACAAGGUGGCAUAAGGGCCACUGCGGUACCACCAGUGAUGGAAGGUGAAGGUACAUCAAAGAAACCACCAACCAAGAAAAGGCGAGUGGUUGUGACAGGAAUGGAUGUGAUCACACCAAAUGGUCAGGAUCCCGAUGUGUUCUAUGAAAACCUUCUUCAAGGUAUCAGUGGCAUAAGUGAGAUAGAAUCUUUUGAUUGUUCACAAUUUCCAACAAGAAUUGCUGGAGAGAUCAAAUCUUUAUCAACUGCUGGCUGGAUUGCACCUAAACUUUCUAAACAAAUGGACAAGUUCAUGCUUUACGCUCUAACAGCUGGUAAGAAGGCAUUGUUAGACGGCGGAAUUACUGAAGACGUAAUGAAAGAAUUGAAUAAAGCAAGAUGUGGAGUUUUGGUUGGAUCUGGUAUGGGUGGGGUGAAGGUCUUAAGUGACGCAAUAGAAUCUUUAAGGAUUUCUUAUAAGAAGAUGAAUCCCUUCUGCAUACCAUUUGCCACUACAAACAUGGGCUCUGCAUUGCUUGCCAUGGACCUGGGAUGGAUGGGUCCAACUUAUUCAAUUUCAACAGCAUGUGCGACAAGCAACUUCUGCAUUUUAAGUGCUGCUAACCAUAUCAUUAAAGGUGAAGCUGAUAUGAUGCUCUCUGGUGGAUCAGAGGCAGUAAUUGAACCAGUUGGGUUGGGAGGAUUUGUUGCAUGCAGAGCACUUUCCCAGAGAAACAAUGAACCUACUAAAGCUUCUCGGCCUUGGGAUAGUAAUCGUGAUGGAUUUGUAAUGGGUGAAGGAGCUGGAGUCCUGCUUCUGGAAGAACUUGAGCAUGCCAAGAGAAGAGGUGCAACUAUCUAUGCUGAGUUUCUGGGUGGAAGCUUUACAUGUGAUGCUCAUCAUAUGACCGAGCCUCAUCCUGAAGGAGCUGGUGUUAUCUUAUGCAUAGAGAAGGCAUUAGCUCAGUCUGGUGUAUCCAGGGAAGAUGUGAACUACAUUAAUGCGCAUGGCACUUCCACACCGGCAGGAGAUCUCAAAGAGUACCAAGCGAUUGUACAUUGUUUUGGCCAGAACCCAGAGUUACGAGUGAACUCCACGAAGUCUAUGAUUGGUCACAUGCUAGGAGCUGCUGGUGCUGUUGAAGCUGUAGCAACUAUUCAGGCAAUACGAACUGGAUGGGUUCAUCCGAAUAUAAAUCUUGAUAACCCAGAUGAGGGUGUGGAUACAAAUUUACUCGUGGGUUCGAAAAAAGAAAGAUUGGAUAUUAAGGUGGCAAUAUCGAAUUCAUUUGGAUUUGGCGGCCAUAAUUCAUCGAUAUUAUUCGCCCCCUACAAGGAAAUAUAUCAGUGACAAGGCUGGUCCAUCCCAACACGCCAAAGGUAAGUUGAAUUAGGGUCCUUGAUUUCGAGUUACAUGGAGUCAAAAUUCACACAAGGUUCGAUGACUUCUCUAGUGGAAGAAGGUAUUCGUAGUAUCCAGUAGAUAAUUGUUGGAUCAAGCACAAGAAAGGGAAAAUCGCGUAGGAUUUUCCUUUUCGAUCAUGGCUACUAUGGCAUUCUUGGUUUCGAUCAUAAUAUAUAGAUUGAUUCGAUAUCUGAUUCAAAUCCAAUAUAGUUUUCGAAAAUUAUUGUAUCAAAAAUGUUGUUACUAUAGAACAUUUCUAAUAAUAGCAUACUAUUAUUCUCUUCAACAACUCUUUUAAGUUUUGUUUUA